AUGGCAGCGGACAUCCCUAUCGAUAUCUUGGACAAUGUGCUAACGUAUGUUGACGAUGGCAAGUCUGAACUAGGGGCGUUUUCUUUGGUGUGCAAAUCAUGGUGCACGCCAACCCGGAGCCGAAUGUUCAGCACAUUCGCCUUGAACUACACCGUGGACGAUUUACCCGGCUUUCAACAAUGCACAAGGCUUCUCAGCCUCUUGAAGGACUCGCCUCAUCUGUCUCAGCUCUUUCGACGCAUUGAGCUGCACAUACACACAGCAUCUCCCCUCGUUCAUGAUCCCAUUCUCCACCAACUUCUCAGUUACUUUCCAAAUGUACGCACCCUCGUCUUACGCGCAUUCGCCGACGCUUGGAUCUCGCUACCUCCGGAUCUUGUUAAUUCCCUUCGACUCAUUGUAUGCAAUCCCUUAUUCGAGCGACUCCAUCUAAGUCGUUGGAGAUUCACGCCCGGAGCUGCAGAACUGGCCCACCUCCUCAGUGGCUGCACGAAUUCCCUUCGAUAUCUAUCGCUCACUCACGUGUCGUACGAUGUUCAUAGUGGCGGGACUGCCGCAGUAGACACGUUGCUCGUAGCUGAUCUCCCGAAGCUCGCAGCGAUGAACGUCUUUGGAUCUUCCACCGAUGGCCAUCUUCCAUGCAAGAUACCUAAUCUUCAGCAGUACGCUCAGGUCACGGAUAUCUCCUCUGCAUGGUGGGACAGCGCACCAAGGAAUGUCGUUCAUGCGUGCAUCCCAUGCGAUAGCCCCUUGAAUAUAUCAGUUACAUUGCGCCUCCCCGUAUUCUACAUGGGCCCUAACAGAAUCCUUCAGUUUCCCAAUUUCUGGGAGUACUCUGCCAUGCGAAGCCUCACACUCGUGUUGACGACCAGUAUCGACGAUGCCUACCGUUCCACGCUUCUUGUCUUGAAGCAAUUCUUCGCGUCUAUACCCCCGAACUCGCUUUCGCAUCUCGAAGAACUUAUGGUCGUGAUACCUUUCCACUCGCCGGUUCGUUCGAUAGAUUGGGAUGAUGGAUCCGCGUGGGAGAAAGCGACAGAUAGUCUCGGUCCGCUUGUGGAUGUGGGCCACCUGCGAAGCGUUACGCUGGCCCUCAAUCUUUCAGCGCGCGGUACCGACGACGUAGAUCCGCUCGUCCGUCAUAUUCGUUCAUCUCUCCUUUCACUUGAUAUGAAGGGAGUGCUAAAAGUUGAGCCGGUGAACGAUUACAAGCUAAACGACUAUAGCCACCCGUAG